AUGGUGACGGCGGCCUGCGUCAGCUCCCCGUGCAGCGUGCGCCACACGAACUCGUCCUCCGCCGCCGCCGUCGCCUGCAGCUGCUCGGAGAGCGCGCUGCGCACGGCCGAGCGCGGCGAAGCGGCUGCGGCGGCUGCGUCCAGCUGGGCGUCCAGCGAGCCGCCGGCGGCCGGGCCCGGGCCCGACGGCUGGCUCACCGCCACGAGCGGCGGUCGCUCCGCCGCCGCGUCGUCCUCGUCCACCGACUGGUUCUCGGGCCGCUGCACCUCCGUCUCGGGCGUGUCGGCGCGCGCGUCGUCGUCCAGUGAGACGGAGCCCGCGCCGGCCAGCGACGGCUGGCUGUCGGGCAGCGACGGCGCCGUGGUGGAGCCCGCGCUGCUGCUGCGACGCAGAUCGUGUUCUGUGGGUCCGUCCUCAGGAGAAACAUCCUCCGCGGACCCGUUUUCUCCAUCAGGAGUCUGUUCGUUUACAGUGUUAGGACCAGAGUUUGUACCAUCCUGUUGGUUGGGAUCAUUAGUGACUGUGUCUUCAUCUGCUGCAACUAUUCCAACGACAUCGUUUGAAGCACUAUCACUUUCUUUAGUAUCUGCCACGAAGCCAACUGUUUCAUCAGAUGUAGGUGCUCCAGGAUCUUCAGCAGUAGGGAUAUCCAUAACAGGAGUACCUUCCUCGGGAGCUUCAUCGGCGGGAGAUUCAUCGAUGGCGGAUUCUUCAACUGCAGCAUCUUCAAGGGGCGCUUCUGCAACGAACUCUUCUGCAGUAACUUCAUACACUGAAGUUUCUUCUACGGGAGCUUCAUACACGGGAGCUUCAUCCACGGGAGCAUCUUCCAAGGGAGCUUCUUCCACGGGAGCAUCUUCCACGGUAGCUUCUUCCACGGUAGCUUCUUCCACGGUAGCUUCUUCCACGGGAGCUUCUUCCACGGGAGCUUCUUCCACGGGAGCUUCUUCCGUGGUGGGAGCUUCUUGUGUGGGAGCUCCUUCAGUAGGUACUUCUUCCCCGGGAGUUUCUUCCAUUGAAGCAUCAGACGAUGUUUCUACCGCAGGAGCAUUUUCUAUGGGAGCUUCAUCCGUGGGAGGUUCUUCCGUGGGAGAUUCUUCAGUGGGAACUCCUUCCAUGGGAUUUCUUUCCAUGGGAUCUUCUUCCGCGGGAGUUUCUUCUGCUGGAGUGGGAACAUCUGCAUUAGUUUCUUGCAAGAGAGCUUCUCCGGCGGGUGCUUGA